GUGCCGCAGCAAACAAAUGCGUGCAUGCAAAAAGCGUGACCCGUAUGCAAAUGAGCUAGUCAGGAUUUCAGCCGUGGACUCGGGUGGCAGUCAUAAGUUGUGUGCGAUGGCCUUCUCAGGGAAAAUAAUAUAUCAAACCUGCGCUUUCUUGGCGUUGGCGCUCGGCACGCUCGGCAACAACCUGGCUUCAGUGACCCUCAACAUCCUGGGCGACAAUGACUACGCCCCCGAGUUCCCCUCCUCAAUCAACAACGUCAUCAUUCCUGAAGGGGUGUACUCCUUUCAGAAACCCUUUCUUGUGACCAAGCUCGAAGCUCUGGACCGUGACACCAAACUCAGUGGGAACGUGAGCUAUGCUGUCGCGGGGGUGUCCAAGCGUGGAUGGGGCAAAUUCCAUCUGAGAGAACUUGAUAAACUCGUGCUGAUUUCCCCCGUGAAGGCCGGGGACAACUUUGUAAUCGUGGUAGAAGCAACGGAUCACGGCAAACCGCCCAGAAGGGAUCAUUGCGCAGUGGUGGUCACCGUGAAGAGCGAUUCGGAGGGUCCCUCGAUUCCCAGUGAUCGGUAUACCGUUCGUUUGUCUGAAGGAAUCCAGACUGGCAACCACGUGCUUACUAUACCGGCGCGUGAUCCCAGCAACGGAACUCUGAACUUCGAAAUAGUAUCGGGCAAUACCAACGAUGACUUUGCCAUAGACGAAGAAGGCGUCUUGCGGAAUGUUCACGUUCUGAAUAUCAACCGUACCGGAGAGUACCGUCUCAAGGUCAACGUGACUAACACAGAUGGAUUAUCUGACGACACAUUAGUGGACAUCCGAGUGGUCCAACAUUACCUACACGUCCACAACUGCUCGUGCAAAAAGCCCGAGGGCCCACGCAAUAGGCGUCCCAAGAUUCCAUCCCCCCUCUACAUGGUCCAUAUUGGAGAAUGGGCCCUCAUCAACACCACGAUCUUCACAAUACCGGGAGUGGAUCCCGAUGGCGACAACUUGACCUACAGUAUUGUCAGUGGUAACGCGGAUAGGGAUUUUGAAAUUGAUCCAUCCAGUGGUCUAGUGGUUAAUGUCCGUUCCUUAGACUACAAACGGAAGCCAGGCUACGAGCUGAGCGUCAGGGCUGUGGACUCAAGAGGGGAGUCUGCGUCAACACGACUUCGGAUUAUAGUCAUCAAGAACACCACCACCACCAACAACGACGACCACCCCCUCAGCGACAUGAUCGUGGACGCCAAGACGUGUCAGUGCGACAUGUUGAAUGCCGGAAGGAGUGACCACGACCGAAGAAACCUCAUCGCUGUCAUCUGCGUGCUGACGGCCAUGGUGCUGUGGGGGAUGAACUGACACAACAUGUUUAUUUUAUGAAGACAUGUAAAAGUUUCAACGUUA